CGCGACAUAUGUAUAUAAACGGGCAAGCGCCAGGCCGCGCAUUUACUAAAAUAUACAGUUUACUACUAUGUCACUUAAUUAAGUAAUAGGAUAAUUAUCCUAGUUUUAUGAGCUUCUCAAAAUGUUGUGUUGCAUUAUUUAUUUGUUCACCUUGAUCAUCAGCGCAACGUGUUCUUUAGUGCCCUUCAUCACACCGUGUCGUAAUGGAAACCAUACUUGCACCCUCGCGUCCGCCCGAGCAGCGCUCCCUUAUAUCGCUGCUGGACAACCCGAGCUGGAUUUGAAACCCUUGGAUCCCCUACACAUUCCAAUAAUAAACAUAACUCAAGGUCCUCUACAGCUCACGUUGACUGACAACGUGAUUACGGGGCUUAAGGAUUGCAAGAUCAACGACAUUCGACUCGACACCACAAAACUCGAGCAAUUGAUAGUGAUUCUUUGUACGACAGAAGAAACUGGGAACUACAAAGCGAGUGGACAGCUAGUGUUAUUACCGGUGGAAGGAGAGGGAAAAUAUAAUAUUAAGACACGUGACAUGAUUUUUAAAGUUACCACUGAAAUAACAACAGUGCCAGGGGACGAUGGGAAACUCCACUGGCACGUGAACAAGUGGAAACACACGUACCAGGUGAAGACUGGCGCUCACUUCCAGUUCGAUAACUUGUUCAAUGGAAAUGAGGUUUUGGCCGAGCCGAUUCAUACAUUCUUGAACACAAACUGGAAAGACGUAAUGGAGGAGUUGGCGCCGCCGGUGAUCCAUUCCAUUUUGGAGGCCAUCGUGAAUUCCAUUAAGGCUUUCCUCAAAGCAGUGCCCAUCGACGAGCUUGUUCUUAGUUAAGCAAACAGAAUGUUACUCAGCUAUGUAAUAUACUUACAAAUGUAUUUAGUUUUUUAUAGAAUGAUAAUGGUAAUGGUAGCUAUUGGUAAACGCUAGCGGAGAACCUGUGAAUGAUAAUAGGGGAGAAGUCAGAUCAGUUGGUCCAUUGUAACAAAUUCACCAUGACUUAACCAUCUGACAAUAUAUUUUUUUUAGGAUAAGAUUGUUAAUACUAUUGUUGUUAUUAUAAAUUAGUAAAUUUUUCUAUCUUCAA